UGAGGAGGGAAAAGGUGUGUCCACAGCCACUCAGUCAGAGAGAGUGACACAAGCCCUAUUAGGAAAUCCCUGGAGGACGGGGAUAUAAAUCCCUGCCUGGACUGCCGAGUUUCCACUGAAGGUAAAAGUCGGGCCUGGCAGCCUUCCCCAGGCAAGAAGCAACAAGGUCAAAGAAUGCAGGGCUGCAGGCUACGGAGUGCUGGACCUGUGCUCUCUACCUCCUAUGUCCUCCAGAAGUUGCCAGAAACAAUGUUCAUCUUGUACAUGUUGAUAAUGAGUAUUUCAGCCUCCACCAUUCAGCCUGAGGAACAUACAGUAGCUGCAGAAAACUGCCAAUUUCUUGGCAAGCAUUUCAAAACUGACUUCAGGGUGGAAGGGGAGCCUGUGGUCCUGAGGUGCCCCCAGGUGCAGCUCUGGUUGUGGGCAUCUGUCAGCCCCCACGUCAACGUGACAUGGCGUAAGAACGAUUCUGAUAGAACAAUCCCAGGGGAAGAAGAGACGCGAAUGUGGAUCCAGGAUGGUGCUCUCUGGAUCUUGCCAGCCUUGCAGAAAGACUCUGGCACCUACAUCUGCACUGUCAGAAAUUCUUCUUACUGUAGUGAAAUGUCCGUUGAGCUCCGGGUUUUCGAGAAGACAGAAGCUUCCCUGCCUUUCAUAUCGUACCCGCAAAUUCUAACCUUGUCAACCUCUGGGUCCUUAGUUUGCCCUGAGCUGAGUGAAUUCACCCAUAACAAAAUGGACAUGAAGAUUCAGUGGUACAAGGAUUCUGUCCUUUUGGAUCAAGACAACGAGAAGUUUCUAAGUGUGAGGGGAACCUCUCGCUUACUCAUCCAUAAUGUGUCUGUGGAGGACGCAGGUUAUUACAGCUGUGCCAUGACAUUCACCCAUGAAGGCAUACCAUACAACGUGACUAGGAAUAUCGAACUACGUGUCAACAAAAAAGAAGAGGAGACGAUUCCUGUGAUUAUCUCCCCGCACCAGACCAUAUUAGCUUCAUUGGGAUCAAGAUUGACAAUCCCGUGUAAGGUGUUUCUGGGAGCUGGGACACAGUCGACCACCAUGCUCUGGUGGAUGGCCAACAACACCAGAAUAGAGAACGCCUACCAGGGAGGCCGCGUGGCCGAGGGGCAGCGCCAGGAGUACUCAGAGAACAAUGAGAACUACAUCGAUGUGCCGCUGGUUUUUGAUCCAGUCAUAAGAGAGGAUUUGAACACGGAUUUUAAAUGCCUUGUCCGUAACACACUUAGUUUUCAGACGCUGCGUACCACAGUCAAAGAAGCUACCACAUUCUCCUGGGGGACCGUGCUGGCCCCCCUCUCCCUGGUCUGCUUGGUUUUGGUGGGAAUAUGGAUGCACAGACGGUGUAAACACAGAACUGGAAAAGCAUACGGUUUGACCACGUUAAAGACUGGCCACUAAGAUUUUCAAUCUUACCCAAGUGAAAUAAAGACAAUAAAACAAUCCAGAGA